AUGCAUCUCACAGCGGUGGUCUUAAUUCUGUUCGUGGCAGGCAUCGCCAAAGGUUGGGAUUGCAGAGGGUGCAACACAGAAAAUGGGUUCUGUGAGAAGCCAGGGAAGUGCAGGUGCAAACCGGGCUGGCAAGGAGACAACUGUGACCGAUGCCUGCUGUUCCCCGGCUGUCUGCACGGCACAUGCGAGAGGGCAUGGCAGUGCGUGUGCACGGAGGGCUGGGUGGGCAGCCUGUGUGACCAAGAUACCCGCCUGUGCUCAUCCAGGCCUUGUGUCGGGAACGCCACCUGCAUAGAGACGGGAGAGGGGGGGUACCUGUGCAUCUGUCCCCACGGCUACGCUGGAGAAAGCUGCCACCUGAAGACAGGAGCAUGCCUCACAAACGGCUCUCCUUGUCAGAACGGAGGCACAUGUACAGACACCGGAGGCUCAGCAGCUUCUUCUUCCUGCUCAUGUCCCCCUGGAUUUUCCGGAGACUUCUGCGAGAUCAGCGUUGACAGCUGCCAGCCUAACCCCUGCGUCAAUGGUGGCAACUGUACAAAUCACGGCCUGGCCUUCACCUGUCUCUGUCCGCACAGCUUCACCGGGUUUACUUGUAACGACACCAGUAGCCUGUCGUCUUGCGCCGGCCAGCCCUGUGCCAACGGCAGCACAUGUGUUGGUCAGCCUGAUGGAACCUUCAGGUGUGUUUGCCAGAAACGGUUUACAGGUCCCACAUGUUCCCUGCAGCACAGACCGAAGGCCAAGCCUAAACCUGCCAGUUCCAGGCCUGCGGAACACAAGGUGUUUGCACUGACCCCGCAGCAUUACUCCCUUCCUGCUCACGCCUUCCACAGGCUCCUCAGACCGCCUGAGAGAGACCUGCUGAAGAUCACCCUGAAGGAGACCGUCCACACCCCCGGCGUCCUCGUCACCCAGGGUCAGCUCAUCUGCUUCGGCAUACUGGCCCUGCUCACCUGCCUGGUCAUACUGGGCACCACAGGCAUCGUGUUUUUCGGACGCUGCGAGACGUGGAUGGCUAACGCCAAGUACAACCAGCUUGUUCGGCAGCAGAGGGAACACCUGCUGAGGGAGAACGGCUGUAACCAGGACGAGCCGGAGCACUCAGUGAACAUCAUCCUGCCGGAGAAGAUUAGACUCACAAGCUUUGGGAGACACUACACAUCCAUUUGA